UUGGACAACGUUGGCCUCGGUUUCCAGGGACGGACAAAUACAACAAUUCAUGCUUUAUUUAAAUAGCUAGUUAAGAUUCAAGAGUUUUGGAACGUCACGAUUUAGGGUAAUAACGUUUUUAAGUAUGGCGAUGAAAUCCGGAGAGGAGCGGUUGAAGGAGAUGGAGGCUGAAAUGGCUCUGUUUGAGCAGGAGGUCCUGGGGGGUCAAGUGGCAAUGACUGCAGGAGACCCUGUAGUGAUGGAGGUGCUCCCUAUGGGUAUUCCUAUGGCUGUUCCUAUGAUCCGGCCCAUCAUCGGCACCAACACCUACCGACAGGUCCAGCAAACCUUGGAUGCAAGGGCUGCCACUUUCGUGGGACAUCACCGGACGUUCUACCAUGUCCCAUCACCGGACGUUCUACCUUGUCCCGGACCUGCUGUUUUUGACUAUCUCUCUCUCUAACGCACCUGCUGACUUUAACUCUGAAUGCUUGGCUAUAAAAGCCGACCUACAUUUACUUCUGUGGUGUUGAGCUGUUACACUCUCUACAAUCACUGUGAUUAUUAUUUGACCCUGCUGGUCAUCUAUGAACGUUUGAACAUCUUGGCCAUGUACUGUUAUAAUCUUCA